CGCGCAGUCUCUCUCCGCAGUAAACCCGAUUGGAGAGAGGCGGGUGGUCUUCGUUGCCUAUCCUUCUCUCUAUCUCUCUUUUAUCUUCGUACCGCCUCCUCCCUCCACACAAUCCUCUUCCCUUUCUCUGUCUCUCAUCUCAUCUCAUCCGUGUAUUUUCCUGGCCACUCUUCAUCCUAUUGCUUCUCUUCAUCCCAGUGCCUCUCUCCAUCCCAGUGCGAGUAAAAUGGCCAGUCUUCCAUCGUCGUUUGUUCCGGUUUCCCACCUCCUCCACUCUCAUGGCCACCCUUCUCCAAACCGCACUCUUCUUCUUCGAGAUUUAUCCGGCCUCCGCGGCAAACCGUCGAUUCGGACGAGGUUGAGAAACGGCACUAAAAUCGUCCGCAUAGGCCACGGAUUCCUCCGGAACGGCUGGUCAGUGACACGAGCGAUUCUUGAAUUGGAACGGACCGGCGUUUCUUCCCGGCAACCAUCGAAAGUGGAAGUUGCGAACUUGGAUGACAUCAUAUCAGAAAGAGGAGCUUGUGGAGUCGGCUUCAUUGCUAACUUGGAGAAUGAAGCAUCACAUGGGGUUGUUAAGGAUGCCCUUUCAGCUCUUGGUUGCAUGGAACACCGUGGAGGAUGUGGAGCAGAUAAUGAUUCUGGUGAUGGUGCUGGAGUGAUGACUUCACUUCCAUGGGAUCUAUAUAACAACUGGGCUAAUAAACAAGGGCUCGCUUCUUUAGAUAAAUUGAAGACUGGUGUGGGAAUGGUUUUUCUUCCCAAGGAUGAGAAGUUUUUGAAAGAAGCCAAAACAGUCAUCAUAAAUACUUUUAGGCAAGAGGGUCUAGAGGUUCUUGGAUGGCGACCUGUUCCUGUAAAUAUGUCUGUAGUUGGUUUCUAUGCAAAAGAAACUAUGCCUAACAUACAGCAAGUAUUCGUUAAAGUUUCCAAGGAGGACAAUGUUGCUGAUAUUGAAAGAGAAUUGUAUGUGUGCCGGAAGUUGAUCGAAAAAGCAGCAAAAUCGGAGGAAUGGGGCAAUGAUCUCUAUUUCUGUUCGCUCUCUAAUCAGACAGUAGUUUAUAAGGGUAUGCUCCGGUCAGAAGUUCUGGGGCAAUUCUAUUUGGAUCUACAGAGUGAUCUUUACAAAUCUUCUUUUGCCAUCUACCAUCGUAGAUACAGCACGAAUACUAGUCCCAGGUGGCCUCUUGCACAACCUAUGAGGCUACUUGGUCAUAAUGGAGAGAUCAAUACGAUACAGGGGAAUUUGAACUGGAUGCAAUCUCGAGAGACAUCGAUGAAGUCUUCUGUUUGGCGUGGCCGUGAAAAUGAAAUUCGUCCUUACGGUAAUCCAAAGGCUUCAGAUUCAGCAAAUCUUGACAGUGCGGCGGAAUUGUUACUAAGAAGCGGUCGUAGCCCUGAGGAAGCUCUUAUGAUUCUUGUGCCAGAGGCAUAUAAGAAUCACCCAACAUUGGCGAUAAAAUAUCCUGAGGCUGUUGAUUUCUAUGACUAUUACAAGGGGCAAAUGGAGGCUUGGGAUGGACCUGCCUUACUGUUAUUCAGUGAUGGACAAACUGUUGGAGCUUGCCUUGAUCGUAAUGGUCUUCGUCCAGCUCGGUAUUGGCGGACAAAGGACAAUUUUGUCUAUGUUGCAUCUGAGGUUGGUGUUCUACCGAUGGAUGAAACAAAAGUCAUUGCGAAGGGUCGUCUAGGUCCAGGAAUGAUGAUAACUGUCAAUUUACAGAGUGGUCAGGUCUAUGAAAAUACGGAUGUCAAAAAGCGAGUGGCCUUAUCGAAACCCUACAGCAAGUGGUUGAGUGAGAAUAUGCGAACUUUGGAACCUGUCCACUUUCUCUCAACAGCUGCCAUGGACAACGAAACAACUUUAAGACACCAACAGGCAUUUGGCUAUUCGAGCGAGGAUGUUCAGAUGGUCAUUGAAACUAUGGCCUCACAAGGGAAGGAGCCUACAUUUUGCAUGGGAGACGAUAUUCCAUUGGCUGUGCUGUCGCAGAAGCCUCAUAUGAUUUAUGAUUAUUUCAAGCAACGCUUUGCACAGGUCACAAAUCCAGCUAUUGACCCCCUCAGAGAAGGCUUAGUUAUGUCUCUAGAAGUCAAUAUUGGGAAGCGUGGAAACAUUUUAGAGGUUGGACCUGAGAAUGCUGCUCAGGUUAUUCUGCCAAGUCCUGUGCUGAAUGAAGGGGAGCUUGAGUCUUUGAAGAAGGAUUCCAAUUUGAAGCCCCAAGUAUUGCCAACAUUUUUUGAUAUUCGGAAAGGACUUGAUGGUUCAUUGGAAAGUACACUAAAUAAACUUUGUGAAGCAGCAGAUGAUGCUGUUCGUAGUGGUUCUCAGCUUCUUAUUCUCUCUGACCGUUCUGAGGAGCUAGAACCAACUCGCCCUUCUAUCCCAAUACUACUUGCUGUUGGUGCUGUUCAUCAGCAUCUUAUUCAAAAUGGCUUGCGGAUGUCAGCAUCAAUUGUUGCUGAUACUGCUCAGUGCUUCAGCACCCAUCAUUUUGCUUGCUUAAUUGGAUAUGGUGCCAGUGCGGUAUGUCCAUAUUUGGCAUUAGAAACAUGUCGACAGUGGCGUUUGAGCAACAAAACUGUGAACUUGAUGCGAAAUGGAAAGAUGCCUACUGUCACUAUUGAGCAGGCUCAAAGGAACUUUUGCAAGGCAGUAAAAUAUGGACUUCUCAAAAUUCUUUCUAAGAUGGGCAUCUCAUUGCUUUCUAGUUAUUGUGGCGCGCAAAUAUUUGAAAUUUAUGGCCUGGGAAAAGAGAUAGUUGAUCUUGCAUUUUGUGGAAGUGUAUCAAAUAUUGGUGGGCUAAGUCUUGACGAGUUGGCAAGGGAAACUUUGUCUUUUUGGGUGAAGGCUUUCUCAGAGGAUACAGCUAAGAGACUAGAAAAUUUUGGGUUUAUACAAUUCAGAGCAGGAGGAGAAUAUCAUGGAAAUAAUCCUGAGAUGUCCAAACUGCUUCACAAAGCAGUUCGACAGAAGAGUGAAAAUGCAUUUUCAGUUUAUCAGCAGCACCUUGCUAACCGUCCCGUGAAUGUUCUUCGAGAUCUUCUUGAAUUCAAAAGUGAUCGGCCCUCAAUUCCUGUGGGGAAGGUUGAAUCUGCAGCUUCCAUUGUUCAGCGCUUCUGCACGGGUGGGAUGUCACUUGGAGCAAUUUCCAGAGAGACACAUGAAGCAAUUGCAAUAGCAAUGAAUAGAAUAGGCGGAAAAUCUAAUUCAGGAGAAGGUGGCGAGGAUCCUAUUCGUUGGAAGCCACUUUCAGAUGUUGUUGAUGGGUACUCGCCGACACUUCCACACCUCAAAGGUCUUCAAAAUGGUGAUACUGCUACAAGUGCAAUCAAACAGGUUGCGUCAGGACGUUUUGGUGUCACACCAACAUUCUUGGUCAAUGCGGAUCAAUUGGAGAUCAAAAUUGCACAAGGAGCAAAGCCUGGGGAAGGUGGCCAACUCCCUGGGAAGAAAGUUAGUGCUUAUAUUGCAAGGCUUCGAAAUUCUAAACCGGGGGUUCCACUUAUAUCUCCACCACCACACCACGACAUUUAUUCUAUCGAGGAUCUUGCACAGUUAAUCUUUGACCUUCAUCAAGUCAACCCUAAGGCUAAGGUAUCUGUAAAGCUUGUAGCAGAAGCUGGCAUUGGCACUGUGGCUUCUGGUGUUGCAAAGGGUAAUGCUGAUGUAAUACAGAUAUCUGGGCAUGAUGGGGGAACAGGAGCUAGCCCGAUAAGUUCCAUCAAGCAUGCUGGUGGUCCUUGGGAGCUUGGACUCACAGAAACUCAUCAGACACUCAUUGAAAAUGGACUUAGGGAGAGAGUCAUUCUCAGAGUUGAUGGUGGGUUCAAAAGUGGGGUUGAUGUCCUUAUGGCUGCAGCAAUGGGAGCUGAUGAGUAUGGAUUUGGUUCUGUGGCUAUGAUUGCUACAGGAUGUGUUAUGGCUCGCAUUUGCCACACAAAUAAUUGCCCGGUUGGUGUAGCUAGUCAGAGAGAAGAACUGCGUGCCCGUUUUCCUGGUGUGCCAGGAGAUCUUGUUAAUUUCUUUUUGUAUGUUGCUGAGGAGGUAAGAGGCAUACUGGCACAACUGGGCUAUGAAAAGAUGGAUGAUAUAAUUGGACAAAGUGAUUUACUGAGACAACGAAACAUCUCCUUAAUGAAGACUCAACAGCUUGAUCUCAGUUACAUUCUAUCUAGUGUUGGGCUACCAAAGUGGAGCAGCACUGCCAUUAGGAAUCAGGACGCUCAUACUAAUGGUGCUGUUCUAGAUGACAUUCUUCUUUCUGAUCCCAAGAUUUCUGAAGCAAUUGAGCAGGAAAAGGUGGUUAAUAAAACGAUCAAGAUAUAUAACGUUGACCGUGCUGUAUGUGGCCGCAUCGCUGGUGUGGUUGCAAAGAAAUAUGGAGACACAGGUUUUGCAGGACAACUGAACAUCACAUUUAUAGGAAGUGCUGGGCAAUCAUUUGCCUGUUUUCUGACUCCUGGAAUGAACAUCCGACUUGUUGGAGAGGCCAAUGACUAUGUAGGGAAGGGUAUGGCUGGUGGCGAGCUGGUAGUAACUCCAGUGGAGAAUACCGGCUUUUGCCCAGAGGAUGCAACAAUAGUGGGCAACACCUGCCUAUAUGGAGCAACUGGUGGCCAAAUCUUUGUUAGAGGGAAAGCUGGCGAACGUUUUGCUGUGAGAAACUCUCUUGCGGAAGCAGUGGUUGAAGGGACUGGAGAUCAUUGCUGCGAGUACAUGACAGGUGGUUGCGUCGUAGUACUCGGGAAAGUGGGCAGGAAUGUUGCUGCCGGCAUGACUGGUGGCUUGGCCUACAUUCUUGAUGAGGAUGACACACUCAUCCCCAAGGUAAAUAAGGAGAUAGUGAAGAUUCAGAGAGUGAUGGCACCUGCAGGCCAGUUGCAAUUGAAGAGCCUCAUAGAAGCCCAUGUGGAUAAAACUGGGAGCAACAAAGGUGCCUCUGUUUUGAGGGAGUGGGAUACGUAUCUGUCUUUGUUUUGGCAAUUGGUGCCACCUAGUGAAGAAGACACCCCUGAGGCCAGCACAGACUUUGAAAGUGCGGCAGCUGGACAGGUGACACUGCAAUCUGCAUAGUAGGAACAAUACUACGAAAAAGCGGUGGGGUCAAUGAAUAAUACCCAAUGUGGAUAGCGAGGGAUGAUCUAGCACAAAACAAGUUAAUGAAGCAUAUGAAGACAUCACUAGCGUGAAAAGUGAGAUUACCGCAUGACUUCGAAGAUUCAACUGUUGCUUCACCGGACCGGUGACCAUCGCUCCUCUCCUUGAAGAAUUAGUCGUGCAUCUUAAUUGAAUGAAUGAGCCAUGCUAUCCCUCAGAUGAUGCAAUACUUUCCGAGAUGUGAAUCUUUAUUCAUAUGUUCCCAUUCUUGAGCAGGGUUGGCCAUGUUCGUAGCCACAUUUGCUUCCUGAUAAUUUUUAAACCUGUGUAGUUUAAACUCUGCAUGAUCAUAUCUUCCAAUGAAAGGGUUCAAUGUGAUUAUAUCUUCCAAUGAAAAAGUUUCAACUACAUGGUGAACAAUGUUUGGAGAUUCA